UUCACUUUGAUCAAUAUAACAACCUCCAAUUUUACCAUCAAAUUGUAAUCUAGUUUGUCUUUUUUGGCUCUGUUUUUCUUCCUAUCUCGCCUACAUUACAUCAAUUAAUUAUUGAAAUGGAUUUAUUAAAAGGCCAAAUCAAAAACUUGAAUCUCUAUGAGGUGAAGCACAUUGUCCGUAAAGCCCAAAAUGUGGUAUACAAUUAUACUGAAAUGGAAGCAAAAGUUCGUGAGGCAACCAACAAUGAACCUUGGGGUACUUCUUCGUCUUUAAUGCAACAGAUUGCUGCUGGAACUUAUAAUUAUAGAGAAAGAGAAGAAAUCUGCGGUUUAAUUUUCAGAAGAUUUACUGAAAAAUCAGCCAAUGAAUGGAGACAGAUUUAUAAGGCAUUACAAUUGUUAGAGUAUUUGGUUAAAAAUGGUUCUGAAAGAAUUGUUGACGAUGCGAGAUCUAAUAUGUCUCUUAUCGGUCUCCUUAAGGGCUUCCAUUAUAUCGAUUCUCAAGGAAAAGAUCAAGGUAUCAACGUUCGUAAUAGAGCCAAGUUAUUAUUGGAGUUAUUAAGUGAUGAAAACAAAAUUAGAGGUGAAAGAAAAAAAGCCAGAGAAAAUGCAAGAAAAUUUGGCGGUGUUGCAGGUGGUUCUUCAGUUCGUCGUCAUCAUAAUUCUUCCAAUUCCUAUAGUUCUUAUGACUUUGAUGAAGAUACUGGUUAUGGUACUGCUGACAUUAACAGAGUUUAUGGUGACGGCGGUGUUUAUGGCCAAAGAUUUGAAGAACACAUAACUGCCGGUUCAAAUAAUAGAUUUGAAGAAUAUGAUGUCACUACUGCUUCUAAUUCCAAUUCAACUUCUAAGUCCAAUUCCAAUUCUUCAAUUGGUAAACCUAAAAAAUCAAGACAUACUCCAAAACAAAAAUCCGUUCAACAAAAGCCUCAGGCUGAUCUUUUUUCUUUUGAUGAUGAUGUUGAUACCAACAACAAUACCUUGAAUAAAAAAAAUAACGUCAGUAAUGAUGACGAUGAUGACUUUGAUGAUUUUCAAAGUGCUGUUCCAGCCACCACCACUACAACAUCAACAACAACACAAAAACCACCACAGCAACCUUUAACUUCUAGUAACCUCAGUGAUUUGUUUUCUCUUGGUUCAUUAUCUACCCCACAACAAACUAAUAGUAAUCCUACAAACAAUUUUUCACCUUAUCAACCUCAUACAACUCAAAACCAAUUUUCAAAUUUUAAUUAUAAUAAUCAACCAAACAGUUUACUUUCUUUUAACAACAACAACAACCCAUCACUUAUAUCUACCACAAAUACUGCUACCAAUUCGACUGCUUCUAAACCAAGUUCUGAUGCAUUUAGCUCAUUAUUUUCAUCGGCAAAAACUUAUAAUUUUAAUUCACAACCUCAAAGAUCACAUUCUGUCUCGAAACCUAUUUCUACAAUUUCAAAACAAAACAAUUCAAACUCAAACUCAAAUUCAAAUUCAAAUAAUAUCGAUGAUUUAUUUGGUGAUUUUACAUCUCAACCAACUUCAAAUACACAAUCAAAUAAUGUCAAUAAAAGUAAUACAAAAAAUAACAAUUCUCAAGAUUUAGAUUUACUAUCUUUUUAGUCCAGGAAUAUUCAAUUCCCAAAAUUUCGUUCUUUUUUUUUAUAUUUUGUUUAAAUGAUAUUUUUUUUUCUGUUUUAAUUUUUAUUGAAAAGUAGCUUUUUAUUGUAAUUGUA